ACUGUGCUCCCGCAGUUUCCCACGACAUGUCUGCGGCUGCCGAGUACAGCGCUGGGCCUCGGAAAGACCUGCUAGAGUGUGAGCCGCUUGGUGAAUGUCCCCUCUGACUCACAUGCCGACGGAAGAUCUCAUCGCCCGGAGGGUCUCCCCGGCCUUGCCGACCACUCGUUUCCGCGGCGGCCUCCAGUGACGAUGGCGGCCUGAGCACCUGCCAUGGCCCACCGCACGCACCAGAGCACAGCGAGCAGCAUGCUGGACCACAGAGCCCGGCCGGGCCCCGUGCCCCCCAGCCAGGAGCCCGAGGGCCCGGACGCCGAGCUGCCCCUGGAGGGGUACGUGGCCCCGGGGCUGGUGCGGCCCGAGAGCCCCCCACCCCCCGAGCGGGGCUGCCCCGACCACAGCCCCGACCACAGCCCCGACGGGGACUCCAGCUCCGACUACGUGAACAACACGUCGGAGGAGGAGGACUACGACGAGGGCCUCCCGGAGGAGGAGGGCGUCACGUACUACAUCCGCUACUGCCCCGAGGACGAAGCUACCCUGGAGGGCGCGGACUGCCGCGGGCGAGGGCCCUCCCUGGAGACGGACGAGUGCAGGAAGCCCGUGGAGGACUGGACGGACUCGGUGGGCCACGGGCACGAGGGCGGCCCCGGCUACCCCGACGGCCGCCUCCCCGUCCCGGAGGACGAGGCGUCCGUGCUGGAGGCCCCAGACCAGGAGGAGGGCCUUCACUACUGCCCCGGCGAAGAGGAGAGCUACCGGGACUACUACCCCCCGGAGGCCAACGGGAACGCGGGCGGCGCGUCUCCCUACCACCCCCGGCGCCGGGGCGGGGACCUGGAGGACCAGGAGGAGGACAUCGACCAGAUCGUGGCCGAAAUCAAGAUGAGCUUGAGUAUGACCAGCAUCGCCAGUGCCGGGGAGGCCAGCCCCGAGCAUGCGCCGGUGCGGGGGCCCGAGCUGGGGCCGGGGGACCCCACGGAGGCCAGCCUGCCCGGCGAGGCCGGCCGCGGCCCCAGCAGACACGAGGGCAGGCCCACGUCGCUCAGCCUCCCUCCCCAGGCCAGGCUCCCCGGAGACCCCCCGAGAGGCCUCAAGACCAAGGGCAGGACCCCCGAGGAGAGGCCCACGUGGCCCCAAGAGCAGGUGUGCAACGGUGUGGAGCCGCGGAGGCAGCAGCGCUCCGACCUCAACGGGCCCGUGGAUAACAACAACGUGUCAGAGACAAAGAAGGCGGCAUCCUUCCCGAGCUUCGUGGCUGUUCCAGGGCCCUGCGAGCCAGAGGACCUCAUCGACGGCAUCAUCUUUGCUGCCAACUACUUGGGCUCCACCCAGCUGCUGUCGGAGCGGAACCCGUCCAAGAACAUCCGGAUGAUGCAGGCCCAGGAGGCUGUCAGCCGGGUCAAGAGGAUGCAGAAAGCGGCUAAGAUUAAGAAGAAGGCGCACUCCGAGGGGGACGCGCAGACGCUGACGGAGGUGGACCUGUUCAUCUCCACCCAGAGGACCAAGGUGCUCAAUGCGAACACACAGGAAACCAUGAUGGACCACGCCCUGCGCACCAUCUCCUACAUCGCGGACAUCGGGAACAUCGUGGUGCUCAUGGCGCGGCGGCGCAUGCCCCGGGCGGCCUCGCAGGACUGCAUCGAGACCACGCCGGGCGCCCCCGAGGGGAAGAAGCAGUACAAGAUGAUCUGCCACGUGUUCGAGUCCGAGGACGCCCAGCUCAUCGCGCAGUCCAUCGGCCAGGCCUUCAGCGUGGCCUACCAGGAGUUCCUGCGCGCCAACGGCAUCAACCCCGAGGACCUGAGCCAGAAGGACUACAGCGACAUCAUCAGCUCCCAGGAGAUGUACAACGACGACCUCAUCCACUUCUCCAACUCGGAGAACUGCAAGGAGCUGCAGCUGGAGAAGCACAAGGGCGAGAUCCUGGGCGUGGUGGUGGUGGAGUCGGGCUGGGGCUCCAUCCUGCCCACCGUGAUCCUGGCCAACAUGCUCAACGGGGGCCCCGCCGCCCGCUCGGGGAAGCUGAGCAUCGGGGACCAGAUCAUGUCCAUCGACGGCACCAGCCUGGUGGGGCUGCCCCUCGCCACCUGCCAGGGCAUCAUCAAGGGUCUGAAGAACCAGACGCAAGUGAAGCUCAACAUCGUCAGCUGCCCGCCCGUCACCACGGUCCUCAUCAAGCGGCCAGACCUCAAGUACCAGCUGGGCUUCAGCGUGCAGAACGGGAUCAUCUGCAGCCUCAUGCGGGGCGGCAUCGCCGAGCGAGGGGGCGUCCGCGUCGGCCACCGCAUCAUCGAGAUCAACGGGCAGAGCGUGGUGGCCACGGCCCACGAGAAGAUCGUGCAGGCUCUGUCCAACUCGGUCGGGGAGAUCCAUAUGAAGACCAUGCCCGCCGCCAUGUUCCGGCUCCUCACGGGCCAGGAGACCCCGCUGUACAUCUAGAGCCGAGGCCGGACCCCACGCUCCCCUGACGAGAGGGUCUGUCUUCCUCCAAGGAGAGCGCGGGGCAGUCAGUGUGUGCGCAUCGCGCUGUUCUCGGCGCGGCGGACGAGGUGUGUGUACCUGUGCUGUGCCGUCUGUCCUCCGAGCCCCAGCGAGUCCCUGGAGACAGCGAGCUCCUGGGGCGGCAGGGAUGGGGUCCUGGGAGGCCCCCGCUCUCAGGACGUCCUUGUAAGUGACGUUGGGGAGACACGAUUGUCUUGAACUCUGAGGAGGAGCCGUCGCCGAGUUAAAGAAAGGACGAGGCCACCACAUCCAGCUCCAUCCUUAGAAACCCCGCGGGGCUGACAACCUCCACAGCCCCUUCCUCAGACCCCAGGGUUUCCAGGUGACCCACCUGCCGCCCACCUGUCCACGCUCCUCCCGGGGACGAGGCGGAGCCUGGGCAUCGCCCCCUCUUUACAAUCCCUGUCGACACACGUGCUUCCCAAACACACAGAGACCUCGCCCCCGCCCCUCCUGGGGGCCAGGCGCCUCCCGGCGGGUGAAGGUGACCCCAGCCUGGCCCCGCCCCGAGGUCAGUGCUGGCCGGCGGCGCGUGUCCGGGAGAUACACUGUGAUAAGAAGCCUUACCCGCUAACAACUGCGCUCGGAUUCCCGUCGGCACGGCGUGCCGUGUGCUGCAUGCGCCACGUAGGAAGCCUCGCUGACCCGUAAUAAACCCGACGUCGUCCUCAC